AUGAAUGUCUCAUGUUCAUCCAUGGUGUCGAAUUUAAACAAAAUUCCUCCGCUUAAUUCAGAAAGCCCAUUACAAGAGAACUUCUCCAAAGGCUAUCUUUUUUCUCUGAUACCCAAAUGCAAGUCUCUCAGAGAGCUCAAGCAAAUCCAAGCCUAUUCCAUCAAAACCCAACACCAAAAUGAUAUCUUUUUCGUAAGAAAGCUUAUUGAUUUCUGCACUUUUGAAGGUAACCUUGCGUCACUUUACUAUGCCAAUAAGCUGUUUGAUCAAAUUCCUGACCCGGAUAUUGUCCUCUUCAACCUCAUGGCUCGUGGGUAUGCCCAAAGUGAAAUUCCAUUACAAAGUUUAGUGCUGUUUGUACAUAUUUUAUGUUUAGGCUUAGUUCCUGAUUAUUACACUUUCCCUUCUCUGCUUAAAGCCUGUGCAAAUGCGAAUGCCUUGCAAGAAGGCAAGCAGUUGCAUUCUCUUGCUAUAAAAUAUGGGCUUAACCGGGAUGAGUUUGUUUGCCCUGCCCUUAUGAAUAUGUACAUUGAGAAUAAUGAAAUUGGCUCAGCAAGGCGGGUUUUUGAUGGCAUUAGUGACCCCUGUGUGGUGAACUACAAUGCCCUGAUUAUGGGUUAUGUGAGGAGCAGUGAACCGGAUGAGGCACUGUCAUUGUUCCGUGAAUUGCAAGCUAAAAAGCUUAAUGCCACGGAUGUGACGGUUCUUGGUGUAAUUGCUGCUUGCUCUUUGCUUGGAGCACUGAAGCUGGGGAAGUGGUUGCACGAGUAUGUGAACAAAAAUGGAUUCGAUCGAUAUGUUAAGGUUAAUACUGCACUAGUUGAUAUGUAUGCAAAAUCUGGAAGUUUGGAGGAUGCUUUAUCCGUUUUCAGGGGAAUGAGUUUUAGGGAUACACAAGCAUGGUCCACUAUGAUAAUGGCAUAUGCUGUUCAUGGUUGUGCUGUUCAAGCUAUUUCUCUCUUUGAAGAGAUGAGGAGUUGCCAAGUUCAACCUGAUGGAAUCACAUUUUUGGCACUCUUGUACUCUUGCAACCAUGCGGGAUUAGUUGACGAAUGCUUUAGUUACUUCCAUCAAAUGAGAGAUGAGUACAAGAUUGUUCCUAGUAUCAAACACUAUGGUUGUGUUUUGGACGUGUUAGGUCGAGUUGGGCGCUUGGAUGAAGCAUAUGAGUUUGUUAAGAAUUUGCCUAUUAAGCCUACCCCAUUGCUUUGGAGGACUUUGUUAGCUGCUUGUAGCAUCCAUGGAAACAUCAAGUUGGGUGAGCUGGUGAUGGAAAAAAUUUUCAAGUUGGAGAUAUCGCAUAGUGGGGAUUAUGUAAUGUUCUCAAACAUGUGUGCCAGAGCUGGAAGAUGGGAAGAUGCAAAAGUUUAUCGGAGGAUGAUGAAAGAUCGUGUAGUGGCUAAGGUACCAGGUUGUAGCUCAAUAGAACUGGACAAUGUAGUUCAUGAAUUCUUCUCUGGUGAUGGUACUAAAUUAGAGUAUAGAGAACUGCAUCAGGCGGUAGAUAAAUUAAUGGAAAAAUUGAAAUUAGUUGGUUAUGUUCCUGAUACUUCCUUGGUAGUGCACCUGGACAUGGAAGAUGAAGAAAAAGAAUCUACUCUGAGAUAUCAUAGUGAGAAACUGGCAAUCACGUUUGGUCUUUUAAAUAGUCCCCCUGGGGAAACCAUUCGUGUUGUCAAGAAUCUGAGGAUUUGCAGGGAUUGUCAUGCAGCAGCUAAAUUGAUUUCAUUAGUCUCUGAUAGAAUGAUAAUCCUGAGAGAUGUGCAACGGUUUCACCAUUUCAAAGAUGGAAAGUGUUCCUGUGGGGAUUAUUGGUAG